AUGAACUGGAAACGGCGCUCGACUUCAGGUCUGGCGAUUGAUUUUCCCACCUUGAACGUGCUUGGAUUCUUCUGCUACACCAUAUCAACCUGCAGCUUCUUGUAUUCGCCGACCAUCCGGGCACAGUACGCUGCUAGGCAUCCUGCCUCUCCGGAGCCCACUGUGCGCUUCAACGAUGUGGCCUUUGGGGUCCAUGCUUUGGUCAUGGUACUUUUGACAUAUUCUCAAUUUUUCCAAUGGCCGUGGUAUCUCCAUGUGUCCUCCAACCAGCGCGCCAGCGGCCCAGUGCUGGGGAUCGUGUGGGGAAGCAUCGUCGCCAUUGUCGCGUUGGUCAUACUGGUAAUGAGUUACUCCGGCUGGCAGCGGCAGGAUCCUCAAGAUUGGGCCUGGAUCGAUGUGGUUUACGCACUGGAGUAUGUGAAGCUCAUCUGCACACUGGUCAAGUAUAUUCCCCAGGCUUGGGUCAACUACAAACGCAAAUCGACUCAAGGCUGGAGUAUCCUCCAGAUACUGUUCGACAUCACCGGUGGCGUUCUGUCACUACUGCAGCUGGUUAUCGAUGCCAGCCUCCAGGAUGACUGGAGCGGCAUCACGGGCAAUCCUUUGAAGCUGGGCCUUUCGAAUAUCAGCAUUGCCUUCGACUUGUUAUUCAUCGUCCAACACUACCUUCUCUAUCCUGGUCUGGUUGACCCAUCCGUAAGGACAGAGGGUAGCCCACAGCAACCACUGCUCACGAGCGACGGAGACGAUAGUCCAUGA